AAGCCUCGCUCGUGUCACGUGUGUACCGGAGUGCAUCGACGAGAGAUUCAUCGAGAGACGAGGGCCGCGCUCUCCCGCCGGCGUAACGAUGUCGUAUAACAAUCUAUCAGUUGGCCCAACAUGCCCGAUGUCCCAUCUCGGGCCGAGCCUCGCCCAGGUCUGCCCGGGGUCGCAGUUUUUGACGUUUAUGACGAUCCUGGAUAUGCUCGUGCGAACGCAGGACAAGGUGUCUCAGCUGUGCGAGCGCGUGAAGACGACGAUGCCGCCCGAAUACUACUACGACUUCAUCGUCAUCGGCGGAGGAUCAGCCGGUGCCGUGGUGGCGUCUAGACUGAGCGACAUACCCGAAUGGAAAGUUUUGUUGCUAGAAGCCGGCCCGGACGAACCACCGGGUGCCGAGGUUCCCAGUAUGGUGGCAAUGUUUCUGGGAACUGACAUUGACUGGCAGUAUCAAACCACGAACGAGAUGAACGCUUGUCUGUCAACCGGCGGAUCCUGCAGUUGGCCGCGCGGUAAAAACCUAGGCGGCACGUCCGUCCACAAUGGCAUGAUGUACAUCCGGGGCCACGCGAAAGAUUUUGACAAUUGGGCGGCCAUGGGCAACCCCGGAUGGAGUUGGCGCGACGUCUUGCCAUACUUUAUGUGCUCCGAGAACAACACAGAAGUCCGCCGAGUUGGUCGCAAGUAUCACUCGACCGGUGGUCUGUUAACCGUCGAACGGUUCCCGUGGAAGCCUGCGAUCGCGGACGAUAUCCUCGCGGCGGCGGUCGAGAGAGGAUACCCGAUUAGCGAGGACCUGAAUGGCGACCAAUUUACAGGAUUCACUGUGGCUCAGACCACAAGCAAGAACGGUGUCCGAGUGAGUAGCGCCGCGGCGUUCCUCCGACCGAUACGACAUCGGCGUAAUUUGCACGUCUCCCUAAACGCCACCGCCACGAAGAUCCUCAUCGAAAAUAACAAGGCUGUCGGAGUCCAAUUUUAUCAGGAUGGUGAACUUCGAGUUGCCCGCGCCACAAAGGAGGUAAUCGCCUCCGGUGGUGCCGUAAAUUCGCCUCAACUGUUGCUACUCUCCGGAAUCGGGCCGAAGGAACAUCUGCGGGCGGUGAACGUCACAGUCGUCAAGGAUCUUCCAGGUGUCGGGGAGAACCUGCAUAAUCACGCGUCGUACACUUUAUCGUGGACCAUCGAUCAGCCGAACCUGUACGACCUGACCUGGGCGUCCGCCACGGAAUAUAUCGCCUUCCAGAAAGGGCCGAUGUCGUCGACUGGUUUAUCGCAGCUGACCGGGAUGCUACCGUCGAUCUACACGACGCCGGAUCAUCCCGACAUCCAGCUCUUCUUCGGCGGCUAUCAGGCGGCCUGCGCGACCACCGGCGAAGUGGGUGCCGUCCUGAAUAACAACGGUCGCAGUAUCAGCAUGUCGCCGACGAUGACGCACCCGCGCAGCAAGGGUAAGCUGCGUCUCGCCAGCAACAACCCCCUCGCCAAGCCGCUCAUCUGGGGCAACUACCUGAGCGAUCCCAUGGACGCGACGAUCCUCGUCGAGGGCAUCGAGGUCGCGCUGUCCCUCGCCAACACCAGUGCCAUGGCCAAGUACAACAUGACCCUGAACAACGCACCGUUGUCCGCGUGCUCUCGGUAUCCCUACCUGAGCAAGGCCUAUUGGGCCUGCGCCGUGCGCCAGGAUACCGGUCCAGAGAAUCAUCAAGCGGGGUCCUGCAAAAUGGGCCCGCCCAACGACCCCAUGGCCGUGGUCGACAAUCGAUUGAGGGUCUACGGCAUCGGGAAUCUCCGCGUGGCCGACGCAUCCGUUAUGCCGCAGGUAACGUCCAGCAACACGGCAGCCCCGUCCAUGAUGAUCGGCGAAAAGGCGGCCGCGUACAUCAAGUCCGACUGGGGCGUUGCCGGUACACAAUGUUCGCACACGACGAUCGACAGUACGCUGGACCUAUUACUUUGGGGGAUCAAGUACAUCGACUGGGAUCAGGCUAUAUGUUACCCUGUGGCAUAUGAUACCAAUGGAUGUCCUAUUGAAAUGAUGACCAAAGACAGAUUCUGGUACCUGCUAGACAUUUCGCGGAACGUGCAUAUGCAUAUACAGGAAUACGGGUAUAUAACAAGGCGACAACAAAACAGACGCCGCAAUCAGGUAGUAAAAGCUGAGCGCAACAGACAAGAUUCCCUACGACAAUCGCAUUCACGGAAAAUGAACGUGUCGGUGAUGCCGGAAGCACCAUGUUCGUCGCCCUUCGUAAGCGGACUCUCAUUGACCGAUGUCUGCAGCGGCAAUUCCGCCACUUUGUUUCUGUCCAUGAUGAACGUGUUGGCCGCCUAUAGUCCUAUAAUUAACGGCGUGUGCGACCGCAUCACGCCCAUCAAGAGACCGCGGCUUACUUACGACUUCAUUGUCGUCGGAGGUGGUGCGGCUGGAUCGGUCGCGGCCGCUAGACUGAGCGAAAUAGGGAAGUGGAAUGUGCUCCUUGUAGAGGCCGGGCCGGACGAGACAGCUGGCAUGCAAAUACCGAGCAAUCUCCAACUCUAUCUGAAUACCGAACUAGAUUGGAACUACAAGACCACGAACGAGUCGUACGCGUGCCUGAGAUACAACGGCAGCUGCAGCUGGCCCAGGGGUAAAAAUCUCGGGGGGUGCACUGCCCACCAUGGUAUGGCGUACCACCGAGGCCACGCGAAAGACUAUGACAGAUGGGUGAAAAUGGGGAACAUGGGGUGGUCGUGGAGAGAAGUGUUGCCGUACUUCUUUAGAUCCGAGGACAACAAAGAGAUUGGAAGGGUCAGGUCGCAGGAUCAUGCCACUGGAGGCCCGAUGACAGUCGAAAGAUUCUCCUGGCAGCCGCAGUUCGCCUGGGAUAUAAUGACGGCGGCGGAGGAGGCAGGCUUGGGAGUCAGCGAGGACUUGGUGGGCCAGAAUAUCACAGGCUUCACCGUCGCGCAGACGAUCAGCCGAAAUGGCGUUAGACUCAGUACCGCCAGGGCUUACCUGUGGCCGCACCGGAAUCGCCAAAAUCUACACGUGGCUCUGAACGCGAUCGUGACGAAAAUCAAUACGAAAACGAUCUUUUCAAAAACGUUCACCGAGGGAAUCACUUUCACCAUGAACGGCCGAGAAUAUUACGUAAGAGCGAAGAAGGAAGUGAUCCUCACGGCCGGCGCCAUAAAUUCGCCUCAGCUCCUGCUCCUAUCGGGCAUCGGCCCGAGGAGUCAUCUGGAUUCCGUGGGGAUUCGCACAGUCCACGAUCUGCCGGGGGUUGGCCAAAAUCUCCACAACCAUGUAUCGUACGGCGUGGACUUCGCUCUCGAUGAGACGAAUGUGGAAGAAUUGAACAUGGACAACGCCGAUAUGUAUCUCUACGAUCAAAACGGCCCGCUGUCGUCCACGGGUUUGGCCCAGGUCACCGGGAUUCUCGCGUCCAACUACACCACCGCGGACGAUCCGGACAUUCAAGUAUUCUUCGCCGGCUAUCAAGCCAUUUGCAACACAGGCGGCAGAAUCGCGGACUUGAAAGCGCACGAUAACAAACGAACCGUUAGGUUCACCGCCGUAAAUAUGCAAACACUAAGUAGAGGUCGAAUAACGCUUGCCUCGAAAAACCCUUUGCAACCUCCGGUCAUCUGGAGCAACGAUCUCGCGCAUCCGCAGGAUCGAUCGAUUAUUUACCAGGGUAUUCAGUAUAUCUUAAAGUUAUCGGAAGCAGGAACGAUGAAAAAGUAUAAACUAAAGAUGAUAGAGGAAAGCAUCCCGGAGUGCGAACAGUAUAAAAAGAGUAACGAGGAUUACGCGUAUUGGGACUGCCUAUUCCGAUACGAUACCAGGCCCGAAAAUCACCAGGCCGGGACCUGCAAAAUGGGUCCCUCCUCGGACCCGAUGGCUGUCGUUAAUCCAAGUCUCAAAGUGUACGGCGUAGACGGUUUGAGAGUGGCCGACGCCUCCAUUAUGCCUCAGAUGAUUUCCGGUAAUCCCGUUGCUUCGAUCAACAUGAUCGGCGAGAGAGUCGCCGAGUUCAUCAAGAACGACUACAAAGAGAUCAACAAUUAUGUAAAUAAAGAAGGUUAGACGACUACACUUUAACACCAACGAACUAGAAGUAGAACCAACUUUCGUUUCCACCGCGUUAAUGAAUUUUAUCCGUAGACACAACGUAACUUUUUGUGAGAUAUUUAGUAAAGAAAAUGAUAUUUACACAGAACUUAAUUUUCAUCUCGCACUCUAUCAGACACAGUUGCAUUAAAAUGAUUAUGGAUAAUGGUUGCAGCAACAAAGAUAAGAUUAAUUUGCAAAUAAAUUUAAGCAAAGCUUGAAGUGUAUGACAGCUACGUUUCUAUUCUAAACAUUUGCGCAUGUAAUUCGAGUUCACUCAAAUCCAGGCAUAAACUAUAAUCUAAACAGUCAAGUCCAUUCGAGCGAGUUGCACGCUGGGCCAGGUUAAUAAAACGAUUGGAAGAGAAAA